AUGACCAAAAUAUACAACCCGGUCAUGGAUGAUGACUCGCGACCAGCUUCAGUAAACGACGGGCCACUCGUCAACCAAAUGGGUCUCAGUCGAAAGCACAUCUUCGAAGCCGUCGAUCGAUGUUUAGAACGGCUGGGCACCGACUACAUCGAUGUCCUCCAAUUGCAUCGGCUGGAUCGUGAGACGACCCCUGAAGAGAUCAUGCGUGCGCUGCGCGAAGUCGUCGUGAGUGGCAAGGUGCGAUACCUCGGUGCCUCGACCAUGUAUACAUGGGAGUUCGCACGCCUGCAGUACACGGCCAAGCUCAAUGGCUGGACCGAGUUCGUGAGCAUGCAGCCUUUCUAUAACCUCCUUUACCGAGAGGAGGAGCGCGAGAUGCUGCCGUUCUGUCGCGAGACCGGCGUUGGUGUUAUCCCGUGGAGCCCCCUCGCAAGGGGCAUGUUGGCGAAGCCAAAUUCAUCGAGUUUGGACACGAAAGACGACAGCAGUAUCAGAAGCCAGGCAGACAAAAAGACGCUUAAGUGGUUCGCAGACGCCAAUCUCGAGAUCGUAGAUGCCGUUGAAACCGUCGCGAAGGGUAAAGGAGUCAGCAUGGCUUUGGUGGCAAUGGCGUGGGUUCUACACAAGGGUUGCUGGCCGAUCGUGGGGCUCAGCAACGAGAGGCGAAUCAAGGAGGCUGUGGAUGCGCUAAAAGUCAAGCUGACGGAUGAAGAGUGUGAACUUUUAGAAGCUGGGUACCGGCCAAGAAAUGUCGAGGGUAUGUAG